UCGAACAAAUGUUUUUGGGCCAUUUGUUCCAGGAUGUAGUUGCAUAUGGAGUUGAGACUUAAUAGAUCAUUAACCUAUAAUGGCUGAAGUGGCAUGCUUCCAGUAGCCCAAAGACUAGAGGAGUAGUUUAAGUAUUUGAGGGGUUUCAAUGCCAAAUGGCUACAUAUUUUCGAUACAUGGACUGCAAGUGGGACCAACCUGGGGUACACUCAGUAUAUAUACACAUGUGGUCUGAGUACACACAAAAGCUCGUGCACUUUGAUACUGAGCCUCGGGCUCUUAUUUUGAAAUGUUGUUAUUUUUAUAGCGUGAGGACGCCAUUUUGGAUUUUCCCUCAUGUGUAUGUGUAUGUGUGUGGUGAUGAACUUUGCAGGGAGUUAGGCAUUUUGUUUGAUAAAUUAGUAUCUUCUCUGAAGCGUUACUGAAAUCCUCUGAAGAUGGACGAAGAGAUAACGGACGGUUACAGUGAACCCUGUGGACAGUGUGGCUCAGUGUGUUGGGGUGUUACAAACGGAGGGCAGUUCUUCUGUAAAAACUGCCAUAAUGUUAUUGAGAGAAUGAAAGAAGUUGAGGAUAUGAGCAGAUUUACCGUCAACAGCAGGAUCUCCUCUUUAUCAUCAAGCAAACGGAAGCGGGAGGUAAAAGGACGUGCGCGAGAAUGGAUGAUUUGCGAAGGCUUUCAGUUGAUCCUUAAACUUCAGGCCGAAGCGUUGGUUGAUCUGGGCGUCUGCCCUCAGUUGAAGGCAGAUGUGUUAUGGAUUUUCUGGAAGCGAUACAUGCAGAAGACCAGGCAGGCGUACACGAGAAACCCAGUGAACAUUCUCAGAGGUUCAGUGGACCAGACCAGUGACACCGAGGUCGAGUCAUCCGUCGCUUUCAGCGACGCGUCAUGUUACUCUGAGACUGGCUCGAUGAUGGGAGCCAGCAGCGUCUCUGGAUACUCCAGUGAUGGGAGAUCUUCAGUGUGUUCGGGCUCUGUGGACGCCGAAUGCUACUUUGGACAGAAAGACAGGAAGAACCUGAUGACCAUGCCCCGAACACUAGCUUUCUGCUAUCUGGCUCUGCUUUGGGUCCGGGAGGCCAUCACCCUGGCGGACUUGCUCAGGUUGGUGUCUAAGGGCCACAUCCCUUAUGUCAAUGCUCAUGCACUUUUUCCUGAAGACAUGAAGUUCUUUGGCAAGGAUGCCAUGAUCUUUAGAGUUGAGUCUAUCCCCUCUUACAGUAAUGUACACAGGGACGCAGUGAGUCUGGCGGCACUGAUCGAGCUGCCUGCUUUCCCUCCUGUGACUCCGGACUGCCUCCUUCAUCCAGCUCUGCUCAGUCUACGCUAUUUAAUGGAUGCUAACCUUCCUGACAAGCUUCAUGCAUUAGUUUGUGAAGUAAUACAGAAAACAUCUAUGGGGACAGACUCAUUUCUGACCUUUGACCCUACUGAGAGAAAGCCUAGACUCCCGUGCUAUGAUCUUCAGGCCGCAGCGCUCAUUGUUGUGUGCAUGAAGCUUCUGUUCAGGCUGGACGAUAAUGUGGAGUGGAAGUUGGCAAAGAAAUCAGAUGAAAAAAUAAAUGAAAUGGACCACGGCAAGAGCAAGACGACCAAGCGAGGUGGAAAGAUGUUUAGUCUGAGGAAAUGGUUCAUGAUUGUACAGCCUGCACUGGAACGAGCCAGGAAAAAAGAACAGCAGGCGACGGCCAUGCAACAGUGGAAAUCUGAGAAGCCCAUAAUACCGUCUUUGAAACAUAAAACCGUCGUACUAAAACGGAGACGUGUGGUUGAGCAGCUACAGAGCAGUUUCAAAGCUCUUUCUGGCUCAGCUCCAGAACAGCAGGCUUCCACCCCAUCCACCUUCACCUUCCUCUGGGGAGACGAGGAUGGAGCUGAUGGACCCAGUCUCCGCCACAGGUGCCUGGACUAUCUGAUGAUGAACAAGAAAAGAUUCUGGCACUUUGUCAACCGAAAAUAUUGGCACACUGACUUGAGGAGAUGCUAUAAACGUGUGGGGACCAUUUCGGUGAGCUGGAGCCUACUUUGCCCAGGAUGUACGUGUGGUUGCUGGGACUCUUCUCUUUCACGCUGGGUGUAGAAGAUGCAAAGCUGCACGGUGCGGUCGUCCAGGUCGAACAACGGCUACUGAGAAAGACGGGCCACAACGAGACACCAGAAAACCUCGACGAAUGAAGAUCGCUAGGAUUUCAGUGUUUUCUUCUGUUACACAUUAGAACAGAGUGAGAUGCAACCUUUGUAAGCCGACUCUACCUUUGCUGUUGAAACUGUUCGCUGCGGAAGAGGGAAGAUGGGAGAAAAGUUCAACCGACUCAUUUCUGGACCAGGAAAAUCUAAACAUGUAAACAAAACGUGAAAUACAGAAACUAUUGAACUACGGUGCAAACGGAAAUGUGUCUGUGCGCUGAUUGAAAUCUGUUCAUCUUUACACUAGUUUGUAACGAACAGAACGUUGGUUAAGAUGAUCUCUGCUGUAACGUUAGCAUCUGUGGCAGCUUUCGUCGUUGAUGUAGAAAUAAUACGCGAUUUAAUAAUUAUAUGUGAAUAAUACAUUUUAUGCAUGCACGAGAAUUUAAUAUAUAUUUGUUUUAUUC